GAAAGGGACAUAAAACAUGACGCUGAAUCGCUGAUGUUGACACCAAAUUCACUAAUCCACAGCUCCCCCAAUAUAUCAUCGCCCGCUUACGCCGCCGCCUUCUGUGCCAUCUUAAAGCCCUAAAUGGUCUCAUCCCACACGGUGGUUUCGCCUUCUCCACCGAAACCUUUGACUUCCGACGGCGAUGAUGACGAAUACGAGAUCGUGUACGAGGAAAUUGAAGAGGAAAUCGAGGUGGAAGAGGAGAUUGAAGUCGAGGAAGAGAUAGAGGAAGAAGACGAUGUCGGAGCCGAGCACGUCAAAAGUGGAGGGGAGGUUGAAAUUGGAGAAGACCUAGCUGCUUCAAGCCAGAAAAAUCAGAAAAGUGAUAUGGGUAAGAUUCUAGAGCUUGAUGAGCACAAAGAUCAUAGACAUUCAAGUUCCCUUACUGAAGGAGUUUUUGUCAAAAGUAUUGGAGAUGCAAAAACUUCCGAGUCAAGUGAGAAAGAAGGAUUAUAUGUCAAUGGGGGAAAAAUCUCUAAAUACAAUAAGGAAAAGACACUUUUGAAUGACAGUGGAGAAGUAAAUCAUGCCAAAACCACAACUUUCAUUGGAGAUGUUAAUGCCACAUCCACAAUGGCUAAUGCUUCUGGGGAGAAUGUUAGUGCUAUUGCAUCGAUUAUGGCAGAAACUAAUCACUCAGCUCUAGAAGGUGUUGGCAACAUAUCACCCAGGUUGCAUGCUGCAAAAAUAAGGUUUAGGGAUCCUUUACCUAGUGCUGAAUUUGGUCGAGAGAGCAAAAAAUUAAGGAUAGUGUGUGAAUUUCAUGCCAAAGGAUGGUGCAUCAGAGGAAAGACUUGUAGAUUCCUUCACAUAAAGGACGGACCAGAUGCAGUGGUGUUGAAAAGUGAAGCCUUAGGGAGGGAAGAACCUUCGAGUGCAUGUAUUCCACCCCUACAAAGUGAAGAGAACCCAAAAUUAAACAGUGAGACGGAAAAGCUGGUUCUCCUUGAAGAUGAUACCUAUUUGGGUGCUCCUACACAGGAAGAUAGAUGGAGUUUGAGGCACAAGUUAUACUUGGAUAAUUACCGGAACUAUGGCAGUCCUCCUGUCAGAGGAAUUUUAAGUGCUAGAGAUAGCGCAUAUCAUGGAAGUUCCUCUGUUACAUCACAUGACAAUGAUUGUGACACUAGAGUAUCUUGUUUCGGGCCAACAGUGGAUGAAAUAAUUAGUAAGAAGAGUAAUAUAGUCCAAAAUGAUCAUAGGCUUGCAGACUUGCCAGAUUCUUAUACUAGGCAUGCCUUACCUUUUUGUUCUUCCUCUCGCAACUCUAGUGCACAUGGGCCUCGUAAAUUCUUGCAGAGCAGCCUGGAGCGUCAUGCUUAUGUAUCCUCUUCCAUGCAACAAAGCAUUCCACAAGCUUCCCGCUUUGAAUCGGAUACUCUGCCUAGUAAUCGUAGUUUUGGGGAAGCCGAGCCAGCCAAGUUUGAGGCUACUUUCUCUUCAUUUGAUUGGGAGCCAUCUGCUCCUUUCCGCCCAUGUCAUGAGAUAACUCGAAGCAUAUUGUUGAAAGAAUGUGGUUAUAACCCAACGCAUGACAGCACUGAUAAGAAAGAUGUUCAGGAUAUCAGGGUGAGGUUUUCACAUUCUGACCAAGGAUCAUCUAUUAAGAAUGUAAAUGUGCAGUCAAGCAUUCAACGGGAGGAGAGUGUUUUGAAUCAUGUUCUUGCUGGUGAUACUGUGAAGGAUAAUAUUUUGAGUUCUAGCAAUGAUAAAGUUAAACAUGAUAAGACAAUGGAUGGAACAAUAUUGGAAGUUGAUGAUUCAGGCACAAAAGUUGAUAUUGAAGCUGACUUUAAGCGAGGUGAUCAUGUGCAAAGUGAAUCAAAGGCUUUCAAAUAUUUCCAAUCUGCACUAAUAGAAUCUGUGAAAGAAUUAGUGAAACCAUUUUGGCGUGAAGGCUUUCUUAGCAAAGAUGCCCAUAAACUGAUAGUUAAGAAGGCUGUUGACAAGGUUCUUAGUACUUUGCAAACCCACCAAAUUCCUAGCACAGAAGAAUCUGUCAAGUUAUAUCUUUCUUCAUCUCAGCCCAAACUUGCAAAGCUAGUUGAGGGAUACCUCAAAAUAUAUGGCAAAACUUGAGAUUGCUGAAUGAUUAUUCUUGUGCUAUACUCUCUCCAAAAGGAAAGUUUUGAUCCCUUCUUGGUGGGCCCCUUUAUAUGCCUUCCUUUUACCAAAAUGAACGGCUUCGUGUUUUAAGAUAUCUAAUUUUAUUGAUGAAACUUCAAAAAUCUUGAUCAACUUUAAGGUAUCUAUUCUCUAGUGUAAGUUUCUAUAAGGAACUUUGGUAAAUAACCUGCAAAAAUCUGCAUGUAGGUUUCAAUUAUGCAAACAAUUAUGUUGAUAGGUAAUGAUUAUAUAAUGUUCUUUAUGUGUCUUCUUCAUGAUAGGGGUCCCUUUGUAUAUAAAUUUGGUGAUAAUUGUUAGUUUGCUCUGUUCAUUAAGUUUAUUGAUUUGUGCUAUGAUUAGCUGACUAUAGUAUGUUGACUAACAUGUAAUAUGACAACUAUAGUACCUUUAUUUUUCUUUUUGAGAAAUUCACAUUUGAUGCAUAUUUAAACAUAUCUAACAAGUUUAUUUUGAUCUAUAUUGGUAUUAUAUUAAAUCCAAUUUAGAAAAUUUAGAAAAUUUUAUAAACUAAAUAAAAAAAUUAACAUAUAUAGAUUUAUUUGAAUUUGAACUAGUCUUCUAUAAAAAAAAUUGUGAUGAUAAAUUAAUUUGUAGUUUUUUAAACUUGAAGUUUGUACAUACUAUACAAGUAGAAUUUAAGUGUCAUAUUAAAUGAGUAAAUGAUAAAUAUCAUAGUGAAGUUUGUACGUAUACUUUUGUCCUAAAUAGAUAUUUACGUAUUUAAUUUUUAGAAUUGUAAAAUUUGGUAAUAUUUAAUUAAAUUUAUAACGUGAAUAAACAUUCAGAAGAGAAAAACUAACAUUAACAUAAUACUCAGUAAAAACUAAAGUAAUAAAACUAAAUAAUGUAGGAUUACCUUCAUAUGUACUCCAUUUGUCCAUAAAAAUUGUGGUUCAAUGGAGAUGUCACGAGUUUUAAGAAAAAGUGUGGUAGUUGUGUUUGAGUGAGGAUUGAGUCCCACACUUUUUGUAAAUAGUAAGGAGAAGUUUGUGUGGUAUUUCUAAAUAAGGAAAUAUCAAAAUUUUUAGGGACGUUCUGAUAUGAUAAUAAGACCACAAUUUUCAGGGAUGGAGGGAGUAUAUAUAUUUUUAAUUACAACUCAAGAACAAACAUAAACAAGUGUACAGAAUUAGUACCCAAAAUAUUUGAUAAUUUUAUUCCCAAAAAGAUUUAUUUAUAUAUUUUUGCAAUCAUUAUUGGAAUGGGUUAAAAAUGCAUUUUAAAGCACAACCUUUGACCCAAUGAUUGCCAAUGUUUUAAAGUAUGUUUUGUGAGGUGAUACGUUUUUCGUCCGCCUCACUUGGCGUAAGUUUUGUAACUGUAUGAGGCGGAUAAAAAAACGUAAAUCAUAGAAAAAACACAUAAAAACAACAAAUAUUCCAAAACACAGAAGUUCUUAACUACUAAUAAGUGUAAAAUCUUAAAUUAUAGUCUAAUACUAAUAAAAUAUUAGCCGUUCAUUAAUCAGCUAUUCAAAUCUCCAAGAAGCUUAAAUCAUCCGCAUCACCAUCUCCAUCAUAUUCAUCUUCUUCAUCCUCAAGGUUUCUACCUAUAUGAUCAUCCGCAUCACCAUCUCACUAAUCAAUGCAAGGUUUCUACCUAUAUGAUCGUAUAAUUUAAUUUAAAUGUUAAAGUUUUUCUAGAAUAUUAUUAAAUUUUAUUUAUUUAAGAAUAUAAGUACAAAUACCUUUAGUUUUUCUCCUCCUCUUCUGUCCACUUGAGCUUUCCGCCUGAAUUGUUGCCAUUGGUUCAUCUUCAUUACUUUUGUUUGGGUUGGCUACCCCCUCAUCAUCCGAAGCCGGAUCUUCAACAACCAAGGGAUUAACAUCAUUUUCGUUGUUGUAUCUUCAAAUAAUUGUACUUCAAUUUCCUAUUGCACAUAAUGUACGCUAAAUCGUUCAACCUCGCCGUGGUUAGACGAUUUCCUUGCUUUGUGUGCACAUGAUUGAACAUACUCCAAUUACGUUAGCAUGCAGAUGUUGACCAAGUAAGUCCAAAGAUUGGUCAGUCCAAAGGCCUUCAUUGCAAAUGUUUUUAGCUUUGGCACAUCAUUUCCAAAAUUGUCCCACCAUGUAACUAUAAAUUAAAUAUUUGUGAUUGAAAAUGAAAUUAAAUGAUUAAAUCAGGAAACAAUACCCGGUGGGCGUGUCAUGUAUGAUCCUCUAGAUGACCGAAUGCCAAACAAUCAUUUCUUGUAAUUGUACUCAUAGAGUUGGGAAUCGAUCUUGAAGUAAGUACUUUGUUCUGGAACGAGUCGAUCCAAUCACUUAUACAAACCACUCUUGAUCUCCGAAUGCGUGGAAACAUUAGGACCCCACUUGUAUCGAGGAUUAAGAUAGUAUUCGGGUGCAUGCAAGUCUCUUUGCAACUGAGUAUCCCACUUCUCGUCAAUAUAUCCAAAAUUUCCUUGUAUGAAGACACUUUUUUCUCGAAGUUCAUGGCUAUCUUUUCCUUUGCCUCAUCCAUUGCCCCAUAUAUAAACCCCAUAGUCGACGUCUUCUCGCCAUCAACCAUCCUCAAAACAUCUAGAAGUGGCUUUGUGGUUUUAUUGGAGUAAACCACACUUGGCCAAAAUGUGUGAUCGUUCAUAACAAUCUUUUUCACCAGCUUUCUUUGCCCAAGCACAUCAUUCCCAUGUUCUCGAUACAAACAUCGAUUGCAAUGGUUGCUUCAAUGCAAGCAUGCUCUCUAGUGUCAAGUAGGUAGUGGCGAAUCGUGUCGCAGCAUGCCGAAGCAAAUCUUUUCCUGCAGUCUCUCUGAAAAGAGCUAACGCCCACUGAUGAUUGUAUAUGAAGUUGCUGACCUUCUUUUCUUUAAGUAAUGCAUUUUUGUGCCAUGGCAAUUCACCAAUCUUCUCAAGCAUCAAGUCGAUGCAAUGUGUUCCGCAUGAAGUUCAAUACAAACGUGUUCGCUUCUCCAUCAAUGUCUUUUCAACUGCUUCGUAAUUAGCUGCUUUGUAAUUAGCUGCAUUGUCACUCACAAGUUGUAUACUAUGCUCUUCACCAACUUCUCUUCACCAACUUCUUCGUCAACAGCAUCAACCGAUUCAAAUAAGAAUAUGCAAGUUGUGGUUGGAAUGACACUCAUUUUUGCAUCUAAUAUGAGGUCAAAUGCUUUAGAUGAGAAAACACGACAUACUUGUUAGUUACAAGAAUAACAUUAUCAAAGAAAUUUGCCAUAUUGGCCCAAAGCAAUUAGCCCAUGAAUUCGAGCGGUUUGGCUCGAUUGAUAUGUCAACGCGAGAUCAAUCUUUUCAAGUGUAAGUUUUUUUAUGGAGAAAAAGUUAUUGCUCGACAUUAUCAAGCUCGCAGGCAUGGUCUUUCCAUGAAACAUUGAGGACUUAAUUUUCAGUUGUAGGACCACUUUUGAAGGGAUCAUCAAAAUGAGGGUUGGGGAGUUGCCACAACUAAGAUGUUAAAAGUACUUCCCUCGAUUGACGUACAUGAAGAAGAUGCGCAAGGUCAAUUCUAUUCAUCUUAUCCAUUCUCUUAGAACGAGUUUUAUGGUGACCAUCCGUCCAUAAAAUCUUGAUUAUGUGCGAGAUUCCAUCGGAGUUUGGAUCUUGAAAGAGAUUAUUAAAUGCACACCAAAUUGGUAGACAUAAAGGAUAAAGGGUAAUGGAUUGUGCAAUUCAAAAGCACGAUCAAUAUUAAGCAAAAUUAAACGCAACUUAAGAAUAAAUACUUUAGGAAAGCUUGAAUGGCCGACUCAAUUAAUUUCCAAAAGUUUUACACAACUACUCAACUAUGACUCCUAAAUAUUAAGCAUAGGGAACAAAAGAAUAGGUGGCCAAUUAUAACUCAACUAUGACUCUAAAAGGAAAUAUGAUUAAAUAAAGGAUGAACAACAUUUAAAGGCAUUAACUUAGUUCAAAUUGCAAUUAUAACAUCAAUUUUAAACCUCACCAAAAUGAGAUAACAAAGCACAACUCAGUUUGCAAGACACUUUUCUUCCGACUAAUAGGUUGGGUUUCGAGUCACCACUGGGAGGAACUAGGAACUAUUAUGGAUCUUCUUUUAAAAAAGAACCUUAUCAAAAUGAUACCCAACUUUUUGACUUGUUUCAAAACUUGCAAUGAAGAUCAACAUCAACUUUGAUCGAUUUGUCGAACUUUCGAUUUUAAACAAAUUCUUGUUGUUCGAGCCUCUAAUUUGAGAAAUCAAAUCUCGGUCAUUGACGGACGCGAGUAGAAAAACAUUUUGGCAUAUGGCUUGACGUUCAAUACUUGUUAACCAUGACGAAUUUCACAAAAUUUGCAAGUAUUAGAUGUUGUUAGCGAAUAUGUUGGUGCUUCGGGAAAAUUCAUUGCGGUUAGCAAGUAUCGAACAUCCAGCCUUUCUUCGAGCCUGUCAAUGCCCAACCUUUGAUUUAUCAGAUUGAAGGCUUAAAUGAUGAGAAUUUGUUUGAAAUCGAAAGUUUGACGAAUUGAUCGAAGUUGGGGGUGGUCCUCAUUGCAACAACCCAAAAGGGUGGGUAUCGUUUUACCUAGGCUUGAAAGCGGUGUUGUAAUUGCAAUUUGGCCUUAAGUCCGCACCUCUAAAUGCAAUUAACACUCAACCAAAUAACCAACUAAACAAUCUAGAAUAACUUGUCCGUUGGUUCUCAUGUCCUCAAUGCCGCUAAACCUAGAGCUGCGGUACACUAUCAUAGUGUUAGUACAAAGACAUGUUCUAAUUAUGAAUCCUCCCAUGCCAUUUGCAUUGUAGAUUACUAUAACCUAAUUAGGCUUCUAGCAUGGAUGUUGAUCUUGAAGUUUAUCAAAAUAUAGUUGUCCGAUUACUUUAUUUUCUAGAAAGGACUUGAUGGAGGGUCAUUGGGCUGCUACACCCGUGCAUAUGCAAUAUAGGUAAGCAUAUACUCACCUUAAUUUACACAUUGAAGACACUCACCCAUGAAGGUGCAUGUCAAUCGAGUGGGAAUGCUAAAAAAUGCAUGUGCACCAGGUGGAGCAACACCCUUCUUUGAGAAUGAGGUGCUUUUGCUGGCAUGCGAAUUAUGAGGCACAGAAAUCUCCCAUGGGCACAAUUUCUUUAACUUAUUUUUCAUGUGGGAGCUGAUUAUUGUUAGUAUUUUCUAAUGUUGAUAUGCUUAAUGACCAUGGGAUCACUGAGUAGGACAUAAAAUAUUAGGUAAUAUUUUCGGACCUCAUUCCGACCAUCAUAUUUACAGCAUGGAAAUCGUAGACCUCUGGUAAUUGGGCACAUCUGGAUUUCACAUAAAAUCUGAAUAUGCCAUCAAAUGAAAUUUGCUAUAGAAGCCAUGUAAAUGGGAGGAGAUAAUUUUGGGCUGUAAACCGCCAUAUGUUGGUUUUGCAAUCAAAAGAAAGGAAAUAGUAAUCUCUUCUAUGAUUAAUGAAGAAGAAGAUGCAUUGGGUCCUCCUGGGCUUGCAGUCGUCAUUUGUUGGAUAAAUGAAUUUAAAUGUGGAGCCACUGUACAACAUAUACAUCCAUUGCUGUAAAGUGCAUGGCUUGCUUGUCAAAAGAUACAAAAUAUAUUCUGUUGCUCCAGUUAGGUUCUCUUUUUCCCCCUAUCUGCUGCUGGUUCCCAGUGAGUUGUUUUUUCUGUAAAGCACUCUCAAGUUCUUUUGUUUGGUCUUUGAUUUAUCUCGGCUUGAAGCUCAUAAUGAAAGCUCAUUUACUAAUGCAAUUCUAAAGAACUAAAAAAUAUUUAUGCAGAAACAUUUUAUUCUUAUAGGAAUUCUACUUUUUAGUUCUCCCCAGUUCAGGUGCUAUGGAAUUUAUCGUAUUCACUAGCAUUAAUUAGGUCUCUUGCUUUUGAUGAGCUCUUAGUUACUUGCAUUAACAACUUGCCUCAUGAUGCUUAUAUGGGUCGUGCAGUCAUUGGUUACAGAAUAUUGAAGAUCUGAUGAAUGAAAUGUUCUGAAUUACUUCUCCUAAGCAAUAAAUCCCCUUCUAGAAGAGGCUAUAUUUUAGAAAUCUGGUGAUGUUUUCGUAUCUGGAUAUGAUGUAACAGAUCAGCAGACAAGCCACUAGCAAUUGCAAGCUCGACUGAUAGAAGUGAUGAGCUGAGGAAAGUGAAGCCUGGUAUUUUAUACUUUCCUCAUUGCAACGUUUGUUGUUUGAUGCUUGGUAUGGGUUGACUGGAUCGACAAUCUCUGCAAGGGGUGGCGAAUGACGAGAACAGCUUCUGGCUAAAACUUUUGUCUCCUGUCGAGCGCUUCUCAUUUCCUUUCCUUUUGACUUGGGAAACUUGCUUCCUGCUGCUACUUUGGUGACUUGUCUGCUUCAUAUCUGAUGCUCUCCUGUUCCCAGGAAUUUGUAGGAAACUUUCCAAAGGUACUUGCUUAGAAGCUCGAUGCCGUGAAGUGCGCAUUGUAGUCGCAUGCUGGUUGUUUGGGCUCCCAUUUGUUGAGUCAGCGUUGGAGCGGCUGAAUUCGAACCCCGAGUCUUCUUUCUGUGGCUUGGUACUUUCUCCCCUUUCUUGUGUGCUGACGAGGCCUGAGAAGGAUAGCGAGUUGCUCGAGGGGAAAUCUUUUGCAGCAUCUGGGAACAUUUUCUUUGGCAUGGUGAACUACUGGACUUGUGUGACAGAUAGAUAAGCUUGCCAUAGUUUCUGGGCUCUUUAUAUGCGAAGCUUGGAUUCAGUAUUUUCAUUUUUCCUUUAAUUUUUUUGAUUUGAGGUUACUGUAUAUAUGUAGUUAUGCUUCCCAGCAAUGCUGGUUAGAGAUCCUCCCGUCAUUUUUGGCUUUUGCAUAGUAAUAGAAAAAAAAUUCUGUUA